UUUUAUUUUAUGUGUAUACGUGCGUAAACAGUACACAUGCUGGUGAGGUGAGCUAGUCAGUGGCUGAUAUUUUGGGGAGGGAAGUGUGGCCAAUCUAUCGCUGCACGGAGCGCACGGAGAGCUUCCAUUUUACGCACCGAGGAAUCCUGAGCUGAAGCCCGCGCCGACGACGUGUCGCUGUACAGGCAUUUUGCUGUCAGCAACGCCAUAGCGAUUUGAAAACGCAAAACGCGAACUGCUCUCUCAUCUCGUCAGCUUUGAGGAGGAGGCAUCGAGGGACCAGGGGUGUCCCCCCGUUUGUGUGUAACACCGUGUGUCAGCUCACGUGUGUGUUUGUGUGCGUUUGGAACAAGAGAGAGGAGAGAGAGAGCGCGAUACGAGAGUAAAACAGAUCGGACGCGCGGCGUAGAAGACAGCUGCUUUUGGACACGUUUUGGACACAGACGCCGCUCGACUGCAAAGGCUGCACACGAAAAAAUAAUAUAAAUAAGACUUACUUUGCAUCACAUCUCCCGUCCAUUCAAUUUACAGUGUUAUUUAUAUUAUUUCGGGGAGCUUUCAGCGUCUCCCUGUCUGCUGGACAAGUUUGGCCGCUAAACGACGCACCUCGGGACUUUGCCGCAUACGUCCCCUUGACUUCUUUCUGCUGGACAUGGGCGCAUCUGACGCCAAACAGCGGUAGACGGAGUGUUCGGAGCUGCCGUCCUCUUUCCUCCAAUCUCUUGCAGAGUGGACUCACUUUUGAAAGAGCGUGUUUUUUUUCUAUCUGGGCCUAAGGCCGACUUGUUUAAAGGUCCUUUUUUUGCUUCCGGCAACAGCGAAGAGACCAAGUCUUCCUCCCUCAGCUCUCACUCCCUCUCUCACUUUUUUGGAAGCUGAACUUUUAAAGGAAAAUGGGGCAUUGAGAGGGUUGGCAGAUCUCCCCACGCUAUAAUGGCUACCGACACCUACCUGGUGAACGACGAUCCUACUAGAGGCCCCGGGAUGCCUGAAUGUUUCCUCGUGUCUGAUACAUAUAGGGAUGAAUUCCACCCCUUCAUCGAGGCCCUUCUGCCCCAUGUCCGCGCCUUCGCCUACACCUGGUUCAAUCUCCAGGCCCGCAAGCGCAAAUACUUCAAGAAGCAUGAGAAGCGCAUGUCCAAGGAGGAAGAGCGUGCAGUGAAGGAUGAGCUGCUGGGGGAGAAGCCAGAGAUCAAGCAGAAGUGGGCCUCGCGCCUGCUGGCCAAGCUACGUAAGGACAUCCGGCCUGAGUUCCGUGAGGACUUUGUGCUCACCAUCACAGGGAAGAAACCCCCCUGCUGUGUGCUGUCCAACCCCGACCAGAAGGGUAAGAUCCGUCGCAUCGACUGCCUGCGCCAGGCUGACAAGGUGUGGCGGCUGGACCUGGUGAUGGUCAUCCUGUUCAAGGGCAGUCCCCUGGAGAGCACGGAUGGAGAACGACUGGUCAAGUCACCACAGUGCACCAACCCUGGUUUGUGUGUCCAGCCACACCACAUCGGAGUGUCUGUCAAGGAGCUGGACCUCUACCUGGCCUACUUCGUCCACACGCCAGAAUCUGGACAAUCAGACAGCUCUAGCCAACAGGGGGACACAGACAUCAAACCACCACCCAACGGGCACCUGAGUUUCCAGGACUGUUUUGUCACCUCAGGGGUGUGGAAUGUGGCGGAGCUGGUCAGAGUGUCACAGACUCCUGUAGCCACAGCAUCAGGUCCUAACUUCUCACUGGCUGACCUGGACAGUAGUCCCAGCUACUACAACAUUAACCAGGUGGCUCUUGGGCGGCGCUCCCUCACCUCCCCUCCUUCCACCAGGUCUGAGGUGGAGUUGUACGCACACCUUCCACGGAGCUCCACCAAGAGGAAGUCCUUAGAUGACAGUGAGCUGGAGAGCCCCACCGAUGAUGUUUUCUACCCUGGACGUUCACCUGCUGCCAGUUCUUCCCAGUCCAGUGCGUGGCCUAAUGACAUGGAUGCAGUGCAGCACCAUUUGGCGAGUGUGCAGGAGAGGAAGAUAAAACAUGAAAACGAUGGCGUGCAGUUUCCUUACCAUGGACUGUCCUCGCCUGGUUCACUUAAGAAGCCGGGGAAGUUUGAUUUCAACGCCCUGACUUCCCAGACGAGGUCCCCCCGCAUGGCGUUCACACACCACCCGCUGCCUGUGCUGGCAGGAGUGAGACCAGGGAGUCCUCGUGCCUCAGCCUCAGCCCUGCACUUCCCUUCCUCCUCUAUCAUCCAGCAGUCCAGCCCGUAUUUCACCCACCCCACCAUACGCUACCAUCACCACCAGGAUCCGCUUAAGGAGUUUGUGCAGUUUGUGUGCACCGACGGCACAGGACAGCCCAGUGCACAGCCUAAUGGAGGUGGCCAGAGCAAAAUGCCGGGCUCCUUCCUGCUGCCCCCGCCACCCCCGGUGGCGCGCCCUGUGCCCCUCCCCAUGCCCGACUCUAAAACCAUCAGCACGCCCACUGACGGCGGACUCAGCUCACCCGCAUCUCCGUCAUACUCCACGCCAGGCUCCACAGCUCCCAACCGGUUUGUCGGCAUCGGAACACGGGACAACUUUCUGAAUAUCCCCCAGCAGACUCAGUCCUGGUUCCUCUGACAAGGCCGCCUUGAAUCAACAGCUAAAAUUGUGUCAUGACAAUUGGAAAUUUGAAAACAAACACAUCGCCGCUGAAAAAAUAACAAAAUGAAACAAACUGCUGACACUAAAAGUCUUUCCCUUUCGCCAACACUAUUCAAAGUACUACUACAGAACGAAAGAAAAAAAAACACGAUGCCCCAAGAGGACCCCAAAUCACACCAUUUGAACAGGAACACUUGUCCCCUCUUAUGCAGGAGGCUUCAAUGAGAUUCAGUGGACAGACUCAGAAUGCAACAAGCAAGAAGAGGAGGAAGAACUGUCUCACACACACACCCUGAAAUGUCAGAAAAGAAACACAAUAUGGCAACCUGACAAAUGACCAAUUAUACAUUUGUUUUUUUUUUGUUUGUUUGUUUUUUUUAAUUAUAUAUAUAUAUAUCUUAUUUUUUUUUUUUCAUUUUGUUGUCUCCACAAUGAAACUCCAUGCAUUGGCUGGGAGAUCCAAAAAAGGACAAGUUGUGGUAAAUGCUAAAGUCAGAUGUGGAAAAAAAAAAAAAAAAAAACAAUUGCCACCCAAAUUGCACACUUCUAUAGUUGUGUAUUUCUUUGCUCAUUUCUCCCCCAGGUACAUGAUCCCACCUGACACCAAUUACCCUACACACCGCAUCUCACCUGGAGCUCAGUGCUGCUCAGGGUCAAGGCCGUAACUACAGCCACAUACCUGCGUGUCACCACACUCUGCUCUUUCAUUUGCUCAGCCCUGAGCCUCUUUCAUUUCCGAUUGGCCAAUCAUGGUGACACCAUCUGAUGGUGUGACAUAUAUGCACUAAGUGGCUGGUCUUCGUUUACCUGUCAAAGUAUCAGGGUGUCCUGCUGUGGGAGAAGUGAUAGCCAUGAGGCAAGUGCAAGAAAGUGAACACACAGUCAUAACACUAACACUACAUGUGCUCUUUCGUCCCCUCACCUAUGCACUAUUAAUUUUUUAAUAAGGGAUGAACAGUAUUGCACAUUGAUGGUCAGAUGAGUGAUCAGAGAAGCGAGUAGUGGCUGGCAGCCACUGCAGGGAGGAGGCUGUGCUAUCAUUUGGAGUCUAGGCCCUGACACAUGCAGCACUCACACGCAGAUCCACAGACACAUAUGCACGCUUCCAGGCAGUGCACGCAGACUAUUUUCUCCACAACAGUCACAACAUCACCUUAUUCUUCAGACAUGGACUUUACCAUGAUGCACACACCAUCAGCUUCAUACUUUUAGCUUUAAUUUUGUUUGUAGGUGGGUUUUUCCAGCUUUGGUUUUGUCUGAUCUGGAUUGUUUUAACCUUCUCUUGCAUGUCAUAACAUUUUUCUUUAGUUUGCAAUAAUACAUUAAGCAUCAUGCUCAGAUUUUGGCAAAGUAAUAACAGCUGUUUCUUAUAUCUCUCACAUAUAGACAGCACGUUAACAACUGCUCAUCAUACGCGUCCCUUACAUUGCUUCACACAGUAUCCCUUGGUCCAGUCACAGGAAAACCCAGAGGAGCACACACAUGUACACUCUCAGACGGACAUAUAGAACGUGAACCUACAACAAUCCGACAUAAAUGAAUAAAGGGAAGCCUUUACAUUUGGUUCUCCAAAUCGCCUUUGUUAAUGGUUUUUCAUUCAUUUAAGAUUUGUCUUUUUAAUUUGCGAUAUUAUUCUAUGUAAAUGUUCACAAUGAAAUCGCUGUUGGUAUUAUUUUAAUCAUGACGCAAUCCAACAAAAACCGACCUCACAAAAUAACUGGACUGCCUAGCUGUUUGUUCUGUUUUGCAGGGAUAGUAAACAGGGCGGAGAUCCUUUUCUCAGCCUUUCUAGCAGCAUUAGCUCUUUGUACUAAAACCAUAUAUCAAGACUAUAACAAUAUAUGGAAGUGCCUCUGUAUUCCCUUCAUGCAAUUAGUAAUAAACUUGACUUCAGGUUCUCUUCCCACAUAUAAGCUAAAGCUACAGGGAAUGGUAGCCUUGGUGCAUGUGGAAACCAUUGGCCUAGGACAGAUCUUUAUAGAGGACUGCAAACUUUUUUUUUGUAAAGAAAGAGAGAGAGAUCUUAUACAUAUAUAUUUAUGAUAUAUGCUCCUUUUUAACUUUUACUACACAAGCUUGUUGGCAGUCUAGUUAUUUUCUGAACUCUCACCUCUCCUGCCCCACAACCUGUUUCAGUAACAUCACCUUACUGUUACCAGUACGAAUCAAACGACACACGCCAUCGCCAUCUGCAGCGCAGCAUUAUAAUACCUAGAUGAACAUGUCAAAAAUCGACAGUAGGAUUGAAGAAAAAAAAAGUGUUUGUUCUUUGAUGGAAAGUAUUAUUAUUGAAAAUAUGUGUCGAUUGAGCCACGUGCAAUGCAUUGGGUAGAUCAUUGUGUUUGUCUGUUAGAGAUUUUUAAGAAAGCUAAGAGAAAAGAGAAAAAAAAAAUGUAUUUGUUUCAAGUCCAUAAGCUCCGGGACUCUAAACUAGAGGGCCAUGAAAAAUCCUAGUCUUUGUAAGUUGGGGGUAUUUGUUUUUAUUUCCUUUGUCUCUUUUUUAAUGUUUUAUGUGUAAUCAUUUGUUUAUAAAAAUGUGGGAGGGCUGAAGGAAAAAAAUCUACACAACUUCAGAAAAAUUUCUAUCAUUAGAUGAAAACUGGUGCUUUAACACUAUAAAGUACAUUCAGAACUAUUAUAAAGGAAUGAACAAAAGUAACAGACCAUUUAGGAAGCAGCAUUAUUCCUCUCUCUAUUUGUAUUCUAUUUGUAUUGAGUAGGGGGAGAGGUUCUUAUUCCUUAAGGUUGUGACACAAAAGGCAUUUUGGUUCAACCUUUAGAAAAUACAAAACAAAUCUAUUUUGUCAAGCCUAAGAAAUUCUUCAGAUAACUUAACAAUGCACUGCCUGAAAUUCACCAGCUAAAACAGAACAACCUUCUCAAUUUAAUUCAUUUUUACCACAUUGGCAUAAACACACGACAAGUUCCUCCCCGUUUUGUGGGAGAAACUUUCCAUCCAGAAAGCCCAUUAUCACCCUAAUAUGUUUCUGAAUCUAGAGCCGAAUAGAGCUCAGUGGGUUGUGUUGAGACACUUGAAGUGGAAUGAGUAUUAAGAUCUUCUGUACAGCAGAAACAACAGAAAAGGGGCAAAAGUAGCUUGUAAUCGUAAAUAUGAGGUCUGAGCCAUUUGUAAAACAGGCAGCAAGGUGAGCCUCUCCCCUGUUCCACCCCCUCCUCUGUAAAUGACUCUUAUAGUGCUUGUGCUGUAGUGUAUAGUUUCCCAGCAGUUAAAGGUUGUCCCUUGAAAGUGCCUUUUGUUCACAGACUCCAUUUUGUAAUCCAGAUCGCCCUUUUUUCGAAAUGGCUCGAGGUAGCAGGUUGGCCCUGAGUGCAAGGAUGCAGGAGGUCGUUACCCAUUCACAGCACUCAGGGGCAACUUUUACCCCCGGCUUCGAAAGGAAUCCCCUCCAUUGUUCCUCCCCUCUUUCCUCUAUUCCUUUUCAAAGCUAUAUAUAUAUAUAUAUAUAUAUAUAUAUAUAUAUAUAUAUAUAUAUAUAUAUAUAGUACAAAAGGAAACUGGUGUGAAUUAGUUAUUUACUUUUUAUUGAUAAAUGACAAAAAAAAAAAAUUUAAAGGCAAAAAAACUUGUUCUCGUUCAGCUCUUGCUUUUUUCUUCCCCUCUGUCUCCACUGUCUGUUUUCUCUUAGACACUGGAGUAGUCUGUAACUGUGUGUCUGUCACUCUCCGUCUCUCUCUUUCUCUCUCUCUCUCUCUCUCUCUCUUGUCCUCUCCACUGUUGGGAGGGCGAAAAAAAAAAAUUGCCGAAAAACUUUUGUCUGAGCAGAAUGCAGUUAGCUCACAUGUUAUUCUUGUCUGUAUGCUUCACAUUGUAUUACCAUACCCAUCUUCUUCAGCUUCUCCAUUCAGCAGCUAAUGUAAGUGAACAAAUUACGCUGACGGGCUUUUGGGGGUGUCCUUGGGUGGGUUAGGAAGGGGGUGACAGGGGUUCCAGGGUAUGGGUUGAAGACAUUUUACGUGGAAGAUGGAAGGGGAUUGAGAGGGCUGGAUAACCUGCAUUGGGAAGUUGGAAAGGGGCUGCUCGGACUAGAAUAAGAGUUUGGUCUUUUGUUUUGGCUUUUUAUGUCUUGGCUUUGUUUUAUUCCCCCUUUUUGUUUCUUUUUAAUCUGGAUUCUUUUCAUUAGUUCCUAUCAGGGUAUGUUGUCAUUUAAGCUCUCUUUGAGGACGCCUUGGACUGUAAAAUGAAAGCUACAAGCACCUUAUAUCCGGACUUGUCCUGCAUGAGGCUGAAAGAGGGGUCGCAUUUCCAGGAUAAAUCCCACAUCCAUUCAAACCAUCCAUUUAAAGUGAAGUAUUGUCAUUCACACGCUUCACACAAUGAAGCCCGCAGCAGUAUUAGCCAUUUACAAUAUACAAACCAGAUAGAUAAACGGCCGGCAUAAACCUGAUCUCUCAGAUUUUUGAGGAUACAGGGAAGUCCCUCCAUUUUCCUCCUCUGAACACCUCAUGCUGGAUUGCUCCGUGUCUUUGUUCUGUUGUUUAUUUUGUUCUUUAUCUUAAGUGUGUAUGGUUAUUGGUGAAUUAGGCAGCACCCUAGGCCCCCUGACUCCCAACUCGUCUACGCCUCUGUCUUUGCCCUCAGUGCAGCACCACUUAUUUGUGAGAACACCCCCAGAGCUCUAGGUGAAAUGCAUGUGUUAAUUACAGUUUCUUUUCCAUAAGAAGAAAAACACAGUUUGAGAAGAGCAGCACCUGAUUGAAUAAAAAGGAUGUUCUUGACUGUA